AUCCACACAGGAGAAAAGCCAUAUACCUGCUCAGUGUGCGGAGAGAGCUUCAGGUGGAGUGGAAAAUUUGCUGCCCAUCAAAGACUCCACACAGGAGAUAAACCAUACAAAUGUUCAGAUUGUGGAAAGAGCUUCAGUGUGAGAUCAAGCUUUCAUUCCCAUCAAAGAAUCCAUAGAAGGGAAAAGCUGGAGUGGACAAUGAUUUCCCUGGGAACCGAAAAACAUAUUUUACAGGAAAUUCUGGACGCACAUGAGAAACCACACGCAUGCUCACACUGUGGAAAGAGAUUCCAAAGGAAGAACAAUCUUAUGCAACAUCAAAGAAUCCAUACUGGAGAGAAACCAUACACAUGCUCAGUGUGUGGAGAAACUUUCAGGGGGCGUGGAAAACUCGCAUCGCAUCGAAGAAUCCACGUAGGGGAUAAACUAUACAUAUGUUCACACUGUGGGGAAAGCUACAGUGAGAAGUCAAGCUUUAUUUCCCAUCAGAGGAUCCACACAGGGUCAAAACCAGAGCGCAUGACAAGUUUCAGCAGCACCAAAACCCAUAUUUUACAGGGAAAUGUGGGCACAGAAGAGAAACCACACAACUGCUCACAGUGUGGAAGGAGCUUCAGGUGGCGUGCAGAACUUAUUUCCCAUCAAAGAAUGCACACAGGGGAGAAACCGUAUAAAUGCUCUAUGUGUGGAAAGAGCUUUAGGCGCAAGGAAACCCUUGCUUACCAUGACAGAAUCCACUCAGGGGAGAAACCAGAACGUACAACUUCUAGAGGGAGCAAAAAACAUAUUUCAAAGAAAAGUGCGAAUUUCAUUGUUGAACCACACACCUGCUCACAAUGUGGAAAGUGCUUCAGGUGGAGUACAGAACUUUUUUCCCAUCAAAGAAUCCACACAGGGGAGAAACCAUACAAAUGUUUUGAUUGUGGAAAGAACUUCAGUAUGAGGUCAAGCUUUAUUUCUCAUCAAAGAACUCACACAGCGGAGAAAUCAGAAUGUUCAACUAGUUCCAAGGGGAGUGAAAACGAUAUUUUACAGGAAACUGUGGACACACAAGAGAAACCACAUACCUGCUCACAGUGUGGGAAGAGCUUCAGGUGGAGUGCAGAACUUACUUCCCAUCAAAAAAUCCAUACUGGGGAGAAACCAUAUCAAUGCUCAGAGUGCGGAAAGAGCUUUGGAAGGAAGGACAAUCUGAGACAACAUCAAAGGAUCCACACAGGGGAGAAACCAUAUACAUGCACAGACUGUGGAAAGAGCUUCAGGCGGAGUCCAGACCUUAGAUCCCAUCAAAGAAUCCACACAGGGGAGAAACCAUAUCUAUGUUCAGAGUGUGGAAAGAGCUUCAGAAGGAAAACUAACCUUAUACGACAUCAAAGAAUGCACACUGGGGAGAAACCAUAUAUAUGCUUAGAGAAGGAAGGAACUGCACCAAGAGUGGAAAACUUGAUUCCCGUCAAAGAACCAACAGAAGGGAGAAACUCUAUAAAUACUCAGAAUAUGGGAAAAGCUUCAGGCCCAGUACAAAUCAUGUUUUCCUUCACAUAGUCUACACAGGAGAGAAACCAUAGCAGUGCUCAGAGUGUGGAAAACCUUUCCGGUGAAGCAGAACACUUACAGCCCAUUGAAGAAUUUACACAGGGAACAAACCUUACUUCCCCUCUGUGUGUGGAAACCUUGCUUCCCAUCUGUGUGUGGAAACCUUAUUUCCCAUCUGAGAACUCAUGAGGAAUUUUCUUCCAUCAGGGUACACACUCUGCACUCCAUUCAAAUUCCUGCUUGCUGAUAUAAUCAAAGAAAUAUCUUUUCUUAGACAUCAAAGCUUAAGAGACUUCAGUUCAGUCACACAACUGUAUGUCAGGGUUGGCCCAGGAUAGUACAGCUUUAUUUGGUUGCCUUGGGCCUCUCUCAGUAAGUGACUGGCUCCACAAAUAAAAGAGGUCACAACUUGAAAUUAAUCUUUUGUCCUGAAACUUUGAGGGAAGUAUUUCUUUCUGGAUUGGAGAUUCAGCCUGAAGCACCGUCUGACCAUUAUAUACUGAAAACAAAGAUGAAUAUGGCCUGCAAAAGGAGAGGCUGUUAACAAGGUUCACUCACGGAGGCUUAUGGGUCCUUUGGGAUUCCAAAAUACUCCGGGGGAUUUUAGAAUUCGUAACAGAGUCUCUGUUGAGGCAGCGGUGGGAGUGUGGAAUAUGAGGCUUCUGAAAUAUAUUGACAAGAUGCUCCUCAUCAACCUCUCCCUCUCUUGGGGCAGAAGCUGAUCCCAGGGUUUACCAUGGAGCUCGGUGACCUAAAGAGAGCUGAAAGAUUUCUAGAAAGACACUGCCACUAAAAUUCACACUGAAUCCGAUAAAGCAUGCUAUAGAUCCCAUUAGAAGAAAACCUAUUAAGCAGUGGUCAUAGUAGCAGAGAAAGGAUAUGACUUUGUACCGGUUGCACUGGCUGCUUAACAACUAUCCCAGCUGUUUUAAGGUGUCUUAACCCCUUCUGACUCCUGAACCUAUGUUGUCUCAAAAAAAGACAAUUAGCUUUAACAUCUUUGCAAUGUUUUUUGCUGACAAAAUAGCAGGAAUAUGCUGCAAUCUGGAUGCUGGCUGUAAUUUAGGUGAGGUGGAAGAAAUCUUUAAUAUACCAUCUGGUCUGCUGAUGGACCAUUUUGAUCCACUGCUAGUGACAGAUAUUGACAGGUCCUCCCUGUAUACAGAAUCUCUUGAGCACCUUGUUGCAGAAAAGUUGUCCCUUGUACUUAACUUACAACUGAAUUCCUUUUCCUUGUUUUUAUUUUCAAUCUAUGUUCCACCAGCCAAGCCAAACAGCAGUGCAUAAAAUUGGAUUCUUCUGGGGGAAAUAUUUAAUGAUACAUAAAAUUAUGACCCAGCCAGUUUAAUCCUUAUGGCACAUAAUUUCAACGCAAGGAUAAAGCAUGGUGAUAAUGCUCUUUUUUAAAAAAAUGGAUAGAACCUUAUAAUGGAGUCUUUCUUAUCUCUGUGUGAUUUGAUAGAAUUUCCAUGUACUCUGCAAUAAACACUGCCCGUUUAC